CCAACCUCCGCAUAUAUUAACCUCCCUGUCUCCUCCACUUCUCCCAUUCACAUUCACUCGCUGCCAACCCCAACCACCACCCAUGGCGCCUCUCCUCCUCCUCUUCCUCCUCGGCGGCCUCUGCGCCCUCUUCUCCCUCGCCUCCUCCUCGCCAGCGACCAAGAAGUGCGGCGAUGCCAAGAAGCGGAGAGAGGAGGAGGGGGAGGAGGUGGUGGUGGUGGCCAAGAAGAGGCCGGAGGAGGAGCCGCGGCGGCCUGACCCGGACGCCGACCUCGGGAUCGUGUUCUCCACGUUCGACCACGACGGCGACGGCUUCAUCACGGCGGCGGAGCUGGAGGAGUCCCUGAAGCGCCUCGGCAUCGCCGUGUCGUCCGCCGCCGAGGCCGCCGCCCUGGUGGCCCGCGUCGACGCCAACAGCGACGGGCUCAUCGAUAUCCACGAGUUCCGCGAGCUCUACGACUCCAUCCCCAAGCGGCGCAAGAGCCACCAGCAGCACCCGCUCCCCUCCACCGCCGCCGCCGACGAGGAAGCCGCCGCCGCUGACGAGGAGUAUGAAGCAGAGGAGGAGGAGAGGGACCUGAGGGAGGCGUUCGACGUGUUCGACGGCAACAAGGACGGCCUCAUCUCCGCCGAGGAGCUCGGCACCGUGCUCGAGUCCCUCGGCCUCCGCCAGCACGGCGGCCGCCCCGCCGUCGCCGAGUGCCGCGACAUGAUCCGCCUCGUCGACAGCGACGGCGACGGCAUGGUCAGCUUCGAGGAGUUCAAGCGCAUGAUGACCGUCGUCAAGGCCUAGCACCAAGGCGGGCAAUCUCCAACUUCUAUCAAAUUCAAAUUCAAAAACCAAAAUUCGGAGCGGAUUCGCAAAGGCAAGUAACCUCAAUUUGUUCUUGGACACGACGAGGCUCGCAGAUCGAUCGGCGGGAGAGAGAAAUCAAAGCAAAAAAUCAAUUGUUUGUGAGUGGAGUUGAAGACUAACCAGCUUCUUCUUCUCGCUCGCUUUGUGUUUCUUCCCACCUGUUCUUGAUCACUUUCUUUGGUUUUUUUUCUCUCUUUUUUGCAGUCUAAUUAACCUCGUAAUUCAGUGCCUGUUUUGACUGACAAGUUUCAAAUAUAUGCAUGUAAAUAUUAGUUCCUGCUACCUACUGUCAGGUUAUUAAUUUGUCCAAAAGAAACAGUGGCUGAAAUGGAAAGGUUUAAUUGAUAUUAUUAGCUGUUAAUUCGGCCUCUGUAUUAUGCUUGAGCCUUACUGGUGUAUGAUUCCAAUGGCAUAGUUUCUGAAGGCAAAUUAUCAUAAUUUUUUUUAA